AUGGUGCUACUGCUGGUCAUCCUCAUCCCGGUGUUGGUGAGUUCGGCGGGCACAUCGGCGCACUACGAAAUGCUGGGCACCUGCCGCAUGGUCUGCGACCCCUACGGCGGAACCAAGGCGCCCAGCACGGCGGCCACGCCCGAUCGCGGCCUCAUGCAAUCGCUACCCACCUUCAUCCAAGGCCCCAAGGGCGAGGCCGGACGGCCGGGUAAAGCCGGGCCUCGGGGGCCCCCAGGAGAACCAGGUCCGCCGGGGCCGGUGGGCCCGCCGGGAGAUAAAGGCGAGCCUGGGCGCCAAGGUCUACCUGGCCCGCCGGGAACGCCUGGCCUGAACGCGGCCGGGGCGAUCAGCGCUGCCACUUACAGCACGGUGCCUAAGAUCGCCUUCUACGCGGGGCUGAAGCGCCAGCACGAGGGUUACGAGGUCUUGAAGUUCGACGACGUCGUCACCAACCUGGGAAACCAUUACGAUCCGACGACCGGCAAGUUCACCUGCUCCAUCCCGGGCAUCUACUUCUUCACCUACCACGUGCUCAUGCGGGGCGGCGACGGCACCAGCAUGUGGGCCGACCUCUGCAAGAAUAACCAGGUGCGAGCUAGUGCCAUUGCACAAGACGCAGAUCAAAACUAUGAUUACGCCAGCAACAGCGUGGUCCUACAUUUGGAACCAGGAGAUGAAGUCUAUAUAAAAUUAGAUGGUGGAAAAGCACAUGGAGGAAACAACAACAAAUACAGCACAUUUUCUGGAUUUAUAAUUUAUGCUGACUGA